AGAGCAGUGCUGGCUCAGUGCGUGCCGAAACCUCCUGGUGGUUGGGUGCUCGUUGGUGCUCCUUGGUGCUCGUUGUGCGAGCAGCGGUAGAAGGCCUAAGCCGGGAUCUCCUUCGAGUACUUCGAGCGCCACAAGUACUUUGGGUACUUCGACUACUCGGAGUCCACGAAACGCACGAAUCGUUAUUUUCCACGCGCUUCCACAUACUGCCACACGCGGCGGCUACUGGCACACGCGUGCCUGUACAUUUGACAGUGCUUCUUCGUUGCUUUUUUUCAAUCGCGCCAGACGCAGCCAAGUCGUUGAAAAGACGUUACGAACGAAUCCCGCUGCUCAUUGUCAGGCCGGACGAGAAGAAGGCAAUUUGGACGAGAUUUCUUGGCAGUGAAUUCUUGCGUUUUCGAAUAGUCGACCGGUGCGGUGAUUGGGCUACUGCAGCUAUCAGAGUGCUUGCAACAAGUGACGUGAAGAGGAGUUUUCUUUUGUUAGGACAAGCUGUGCGUGAGCUGGGAAGGAACGAACAAUAACGCGAUACACGUAAGAACAAGAGAUAUUAAGGCCGCUCGUCGUCACUCAAUGUCGCAAUCUUCUCUUCCAAGUCAUCCCAUUGAAGUGGCGAGCCGGUGAUUAACAAUGGAAAUACGAAUGACAAUCGGAACAGUGAAGAUACGCGCAAAUAAGGAGUUUUAAGGCUUCGCAGGAAAGAGAGAGAAAGUAAAUAGAGAGAGAGAGAGAGAGAGAGAGAGGAGAGAUUGAUUACGCAAUCAGGGAAGAUUGACUUUUCAUCGUGCCAAUUAAAAAUAACCCGAUUCAAUGUAGAUCGAAGGGAAGCCACAGCACCCCCCACCACUCUCGCCGCACACCUUCUCUCCGGAUUCUUCAAUAUAUUUUGCGGUAAUUUUGUCAACAAUUUUGUGCGAUGAUAUUUCGAUACCCAGCUAACUGUUACGUCAAUGACGAUCGGGCUGCGGAGAUCAAUUUCGAAGGUAGCCAAUAAAGUGAUCGCGAUACCACUGUCGCUGCUGCCUUACAGCUGUUAAAUCAUAUUUCUCUUCGAAGAAACGUGCAACGGACAAUUUGGCAAGAAAAGGAAGAGCCACUGGGAAGCUGAAGACAGGGCUAAAAGGGAGAAGCCGCAAAAUAAGGGAAAGUAGAACGCAGAAAGAAGAAAGAAGAAACAGUUGAAAAAUGUGCGUGAGAUCGAUAUUAUUCUGCGUGCUGGGCAUUUUCGCAGCCGUGAACGAAUCCGAAGCUAGCUGGGAUGAAUGGUGGACGUACGACGGGAUUUCAGGAUCAUCUUUCUGGGGUUUGAUCAAUCCGCAGUGGUCCUUAUGCAGCAAGGGUAGAAGACAGAGUCCCAUAAACAUCGAACCCGACAAGCUGCUCUUCGAUCCCCAUUUGAGGCCAGUGCACGUCGAUAAGCACAAGGUCUCCGGUCAUCUCCACAACACUGGCCAAUUGUUGGUAUUUCGGGCCGACAGAGAGGGCAAGACACGAGUCAAUAUCACCGGCGGUCCACUCGCAUAUCACUAUCAGUUUGAGGAAAUUUACAUUCACUACGGUUUGCAGAAUGGUCACGGUUCCGAGCAUCGUGUCAACAAUUACGCCUUUCCUGCCGAGAUUCAAGUUUACGGAUUCAACGCAGAGCUGUAUCACAACAUGAGCGAGGCACAACACAAAAGCCAAGGACUGGUCGCCAUUUCACUGAUGGUCCAGUUGGGCGAUACGCCAAAUCCCGAGUUGCGCAUAAUUACCAGUGCAUUCAAUAAGGUCCUCUACCGCGGGGACAAAGCCCAGGUACGCCAUUUAUCCUUGCAAGCGCUUCUCCCGGACACCAACGGCUACAUGACCUACGAGGGCAGCACCACGUAUCCAGGAUGUUGGGAAACGGCUGUGUGGCUAAUUCUGAACAAGCCCAUCUACAUCACCGCCCAGGAGCUCUAUGUCUUGAGGAGAGUUAUGCAAGGACCCGACGGAACCCCCAAGGCUCCCCUGGCCAAUAACGCGCGGCCUUUGCAGGGUCUUCAUCACAGAACGAUACGCACCAACAUCGAUUUUCGCAAGCGGCCGGACGCCAAGUGUCCCUCGAUGGCGCAGGACAUGCGGUACAGAGAUGACUUUUUCUUUCCAGCCAAUACGUGGCGGGACGACGGAUCCCUCUCGCACAAUGUCGUGUGAAUCUCAUCGGUGCAUCCAGUAACCCACAGUUUGUCUGCCCACUUGCCGAUUCAUCAAGUGAACUGUUAACCAGCCAAUCAGCCAAGCGGCGGACCAACCAACCAGCUGAGAGCAACUUACGACUAUGAGACGACUACGAGACUGACGGAGGAAUUGCAGAGCAACUGCAUCUAGACCGGGGGAGGUGGCGGUGCGUCAGGAAUCGUAACCAAGGUCGAUUCCUCGACCUCGACUUACUCGUGGACGAAAGCCUCGCACGUGGCGCCAUCUAAGAAGAUGGAAGCCCUCGAAUGGAAGUGUCACUGCCAGGAGAAUUUCGGAAAGUCUCUCGCGAAUCCACCUCUUGGACGGAGUCAUGUAAUUCGGGAAAUCAACGCCGCCUAGUUGCAGCCACCAACGGGAACAAUCCUUCGUCCUUCCUCGUUUCCCUUUUUUCCCUUUUUCUUUCGUCACCACCUUGUGCUCAUCCUCUUUAUCCCGUUGCUACUCUUCCUACCCUCCCUACCCUUCACAUUCGUAUCCUUGGGUCGCUCAUACGAUCGCUAUCGCCAGAAGCGUUGUAAUCAUUACUGAUUCCACUGCUGCCGACAUCUUUAGCACUGUUGCUCUCGUCACUCUUUAUUCUUUCAAAGAGACCUUUGCUUUUAAAGUUUUGCCUCUGUGACUGUUAUCGAACUGAAGAAAACUAGUGGAACGAAAAAUCUCGAGGAGGGUCAGAAUGAUAAAAAACAGAAGAACAAGCGAAAGCAGAGUCGGGAUUGGUUGAACGAGGACAAGGACUAGAUGCAGCGGUUAUAAAUACAAUAAUAAAUUAAGAUCAAUAAUCGAGAGAGCUUUACAUGUUUCGAUAUGAUGCGUUUUCGUCGAUUAUACAAAGUUCCGGUAUACAUAUGCUACAUACAUACAUAGUAUACAUAUAGGCGGAGAGUCCAAAUCUGAUUCAGUCAGUGCGCUGUAUUUGUAAUAUUCCAAGAGAGCAUAGAAGAGCUAUCGUACGGUUGUCAAGGGUUUGUAAUUUGCUCGGAUUUUCAGCUUGUUUCCGUUAGCUACUGGCGCGCGUCCUUGACGAUCUAACUGCGACAAUGAGAUAACCCAUAGUAGCAUAAAUAAAGCGUUAAUUGAUGUUAGACUUGUAAUGGCGCCUACAGCCAGAUCAGCCGACGGCGCGCAGGAAAUGUUGACGUGAUGAUAGAUUUCAGGUGGGGAUUCGUCUAAAAGCAUUGACACUUUUUUGUCAAUUAUUUUGUAGCCGAACGUUGUAUUUAUACAUAAUACAUAUAGUAUACUACACGCAGAUACGCAGAUACGCAGUAACGCAGUAACGCAGUAACGCAGUAACGCAGUAACGCACACACAAUACACGAAUGCGCGCGCGCACGCGCACGCGCACGCACGACCACCCAUCCACGUACAUUGUGAGCAUUGUUUAUGUGAUAUGUAUACACUCAAUACGCAUAUUACAAUGAAUGACACGUGCAUCCCCAUACUUAUAGGUAUGUUUAUAACGGACAGGUGGAAAUGGCAAAAGUAUAAAGAUUCGAGCACAUAACUCGGUCGGGGAAGAACCCGUCGAAAACAAUCAACUCCCUUUUUCCAACUUAUACCGGGCGAUCGAAAGUUGAGCGUUAAGCAAUUGUUUAACUCGUUCUCGAUAUGUAACCGAGGAACUUUGUGUAUAUAUAUAUCUCUAGAAACAUACAAAAAAUGUAUAGGGUGAGGUGAAAGGAGGUGAUUUAAGUUGAGUGAAUGAGUUAUUAAGUGAGUGAAUAAAUGAAUGGGAAUCAGUGCAGCCAGUGCAACCCACUUGAUUCGAGUCUACCGAUGUGUACACACACACGCACGCACGCACGCACGCACGCGCGCGCGCGUGCAAGUAUAGAAAAAAAUGUAUAGAAAGAAGUAAAUUGUAUAAUAUGAGAUGACUAAUGGAAAUUGUAAUAAUUGUGGUUGACGAAUAAUGGUAACGAUAACGAUAUUGAUAAUGAUAACAAUAAACAUACAACUAUAUUGUA